AUGGCUUUAUUGCCAUUGUCCGUCUACGAUGAAUUGAGGCGAUGUUUUUGUGAAGCGGGAACAUCACAACAGGAUAAAACACCGAUCGCUAGACGCUUUUGUGCAAAUGCAAGUUUGGGUGAUCUCCUACGAUGGCGAACGAUUUCGAGAGCUUUCCUCAAAGAAGCUGACGCUCGUCUCGCACAGUUCACGAGAUUGCAUAUAAAAGUCUAUGAGGGUCUCUACCAUCUCCACAAACAGAGGACAAACACGUGCAAAUCGAUGACAGGUGAUGUAAAUUGGCACCCAUCCGCUUGUCUCCUCUUGUGCGAAAUGGACGCGCAAACGUUAGGCAUUGCAGUCGAUGCGAAACCGUCUUGGAAGGACAUCGCCGCUCUCAUCAAAUUGCUUCAAUUUUUCCGCCAAACAAUGGAAUUUGUUCAUAUGGACAGUCCAAUUAUUGAGCUUUUGUUGAAAGAUUUGAACAAUCAAAAAGUGACCGAGUUGCUGAAGCUGUUGAAUAUGGGAAGACGGCCGGCAAUGUCGUCAUCCAAUCAGAAUUGCGCUCAUCAUUUCUCGAAUUAUUGUGUGGCUCCUCUAUUCGAUUCCCAUCCAUUAUCCGGUCCAUUCUUCCCUUGCCUUAAACAGUUCACCAUCACGAGUAAUCCAAAACAAUUAAACGCAUUGUCACGUUUGAUGAACUACUCGAUAGCCGUGGAUAUGAUCUUCCAGAAAGAACAAAUCGAUCUUGUUUGCUUGCAAGUGAUUCUCGGCGAAUCGUGGUGUCGUUCGAAGCAUCGACUUUUCCGACAUGUGAACACGUUCAAGAAGUGGUCUGAAGCGAGCGAACUUGGAGUGCGCUACGUGCAACAGUUCCAAGGAGAUUCAGGAAAAAGACGAAAAGCUAAAAUC